AGUACCUACUCUAGAGUACAACCACAGUAAUAUAGUAGGUAUCAUAUGUACUUGCAGACGAGUGAAAAAUGUUCUGGGGGCAUGGUUAGGCUUAGCAAUCUGGGCGCUCUCGUUGGAAAUCAUACCGGUAUCUCCCUUUGCCCAACAACCGCAAGAGAUGAAAGAGGAUCCAUAGAGUACCGUAGGAUCGGAGCACAUGGUUAAAAACCACUAUCCAGCCAGCAAGUACUGUAGGACCGCCAUUUCAGUAGUGUACCGUAGGGUGGCGGUGGUUCGUCUUGUAUGUAGGUAUGAUAGGUAGGUAAUGGUGAGCGUGAUAUGCCAUGACACCAAUCAUGCUGCCCUCCAAAGCUUUCUUCCGGGUCUGCUGGAUGGGCUGGCUGGCUCUUUCCCUCUUCUCGCGGCCGGUGACGGUUGGAGCGGAGACGGUGCAGCUGACGGGAUUCCCACCACCGAAAGCCACCCACAAUACGGUACUUUGUGCCGGCGUUGUUCGAAGGUGGGUGGGUAUCUGGCAAACUCGUAAGCAAAUGGUGCCGGUCCGUCACUGUCUCAUCCCGAAUGCCAUUGCCCAUGCUAUGCGCCAGUCGACUUCACUACGAUAUGAACGCUGGCCUGUGGUGGUGCUGCUGCUGUUGUGUUCGGGCACUCCGCUCCAAGUACUCGAUCCACCAUACCUACCCCGUGGACAGUUAAAAGUGUAAAAAAGGGGAGGGAGAGAGGGGAGCUGAACUUGGGAACAUGUAUGGCUAGCUUACUACCUGGGUAGUUCGGAUCCAACCAUACAUCCAUCAUCGUGGAGCACCGUGUGCAUCAUGCACGGCCGUGGUUGGGAGUUUUGUCG